UGACUCUCAGAGCCACACCAGUAGAACCCUGCUGUAGCCAUCUAUUAUACACAAAUGCUUAAACAACAAAUCUUCCAAUUGAAAUUGAAGAUGUCUCGCCGUUUCCCGGAAAACAUGUAUUGGCUAAGCGCGAAAGCAGUCGAAAACAUCAUUGCCUUCGAAAUGCAAGAAUAAGAAAGUAGGAAAUCAAUUACAGACUUCAAAGAACUGUAAGCUCAUAAACCUAAUCGAAUAAACUCAAGGCAAUAGUUAACGAAAGAAAAUUAAACAACUAUUGUUUGAUUUGAACGGUGUAAUUCCAAGACCAUAAAACACUGUCAACGGCCGUUACACAUGGAACAAGGGUUUCAGAUAAACAUUCCAAAGUUGAUGGACAAAAGAAUCCUUUUUACAUUUUGUUGAGAAAAAAGCACAAAGGAACACGUGAAUAAGUAAAGAAUAUGAGGCGGUCACUUGCUCCAUCACAACUUGGAGGUACCCCAGCAGCAAAACGUCUAAGGAUCGACAAUGUUGGAGGAACUUCGUUAAUUGGUGGCCUUACCAAUGCAUCAUGUUUUGAUCCUUCAAAAAAGGUUAACACACAAAGAAGCUCACAAGAUGUUCUGGAACUUUUGGAAAAUAACCCCAAAAGUAUGGGUCCAAUGAAGAAUAAUGAACCCCAAUUGCUCAUUGAAAAGAAUGUUAUGAAACCAGUGGAUGGUGUCAAACAGUACAGUGUAUUUUGGUGCCAAGCUACUAUGAAGAAAAAUAAGAACUGGGAAGAAGAAGCUGUUCUGGUUGUGAAAGACAGGGGAGUGAUUCUAAAGGACAUGAAAGGAAAAGAAAUUGGCAAAGCAAAUGGUUAUAGACUUGCGCAACUUGAGGAACUCGCAUAUGGGAGUGUAUUGAAAGUUGGUGGUCGAGAAGUUCUUAUCCAGGACCCAAUUGUUGAGUCUUCCGGUUUGAGCGGUACCAGUUCGGGUCAAAUUUCGUCUGUGAUUAAAUCAAAAGUAGAAGUAAAAUCCGCUUUUUCUUCAAAUUACCGUCCUCCUCAAAAAGAAGUAACGCGGAACCUAAAUUCACCUCAGAUAAAUCAAUCUCAGUGCGCACCUUCGCAAAAACUGAGAAGUUCACAAGAUGUUCUGGAACUUUUGGGAAAUAACAAGAAAAACGGAGAUUCUGCAGAAAACGCCUCACACCGAGUGCUUGUUGAGAAUAAUCCAUCGUUACUGGAAGCUGUAAAACAGUAUAAUGUAUUUUGGUGCAAAGCUUCGACCAAAAAGCACAAGAAUUGGGAAGAAGAAGCUGUCCUGGUUGUGAAAGAUAGAGGAGUUUUUCUUAAGAACAUGGCGGGGAAAGAAAUUGGUCGAGCUACAGGAUUCAAACUUGCGCAACUUCAAGAGCUCGAAAGCGGAAAGAUAUUAAAAGUUGGUGGAAGAGAAGUUUUGAUUCAAGAUGAAAUUGUUGAUACUGCCGGCGUGAGUGGGAAUGGUUCUAGCCAAAAUUCUUGUGAGACUAAAUCACAAACCAGUUCUCGUCUAUCAAACAAAGAAUUUGUGCCUCCUCUACUUAAAGCUGGACAUAUAGCGCCCAAGAUUAAUCAAGGAGUGAACGAAAUCAAACCCAGAUAUAACCCUAACCACCCUUCAGCUCUGGUCAUGCCUCGGCCGCCUACUGACAUUCAGUGGAAAGAAUCGCAACGUGGGACAGUCAUCGUUGACGUUGUUGUGGAUCCGACGCUUAGCAAGAAUCUUCGUCCUCAUCAGCGUGAGGGUGUGGUUUUCAUGUAUGAAUGUUUGAUGGGCUUCAAAACACCAAACAUGUACGGAGCUAUAUUAGCCGACGAAAUGGGGCUGGGUAAAACAUUGCAAUGUAUCACUCUCAUAUGGAUUUUACUUCAGCAAGGUCCUUAUAAUGGACGACCGACAAUUCAACGUGUUUUGAUCGUUACACCGUCAAGUUUGGUCAAAAAUUGGGAAAAAGAAUUUCGUCGUUGGUUAGGUCGAGAGCGGAUAACUGUUUUUACUGCUGAUCAGCAAAAUCGACCGAUAGAGUUUUUGAAACAUCUUGUAUCCCCCGUCAUGGUGGUGUCGUAUGAAAUGCUAGUCCGCUGCUUUGAUGAAAUACAGCAAAUUAAUUUUGAUAUGGUUGUUUGCGACGAAGGACAUCGAUUAAAGAAUGCGGGCAAUAAAACAUCAUCGCUGCUCUCACAACUAGAUACUAACAGAAAAGUCCUGUUGACUGGAACCCCUGUUCAAAAUGAUUUGAAAGAAUUUUUCUCCUUGGCUGACUUUGUCAAUCCUGGCAUUUUAGGAAGCUUAUCUUCAUUUCGCCGAACCUAUGAGGAACCAAUCGUCGCUCUUCAACAGCCUGAAUGCGAUGAGGAUCAACGGGAACUUGGUGAAAGCUGUGCAUCCGAGCUAAGUCACUUAACAUCACAGUUUGUUUUACGUCGCACUCAGGAAGUCAUGAACGCCCAUCUACCUCCAAAAGUAGAAAGCGUCAUCUUUUGCAAACCAACAUGUGUUCAAGUGAACUUGUAUCGCAAUGUGCUGGAUUCAUCAGCGGUCCGUUCAAUUCUUUCAUCUACACAGACUGGUAACGACCAGUUAUCAUUCAUCCUUGCGUUGCGCAAACUGUGCAAUCAUCCCACACUAUUCGCGGCAACGAGAAAACAUGCUGAGGAGCAAAACGAGGACUCGGAAAUCGAUGAUUUUGAAUGCUCAGAGCUGUGGCAAGAAAAUUACAAAGAGGAUAGCUCCCAAAUCCAAUCUCGUGAUGCAUCAGGAAAAUUUGUAGUUACAUUUGCUAUUCUGGAUUCUCUUAUGAAAAAUACCAAAGAGAAAAUCAUUUUAGUUUCCUACUCGACAAAGAUGCUAGAUCUUUUUGGCGAGUCUUGUACUGAGCGGAAAUACAGCUUUGUCAGAUUAGAUGGAAGCACACCAACUAAUACCCGAAUGGGAAUUGUUGAUCGAUUUAACGACCCUCAAGGAGCUGAUCGAAUUUUUUUAUUGAGUUCGAAGGCCGGUGGAGUAGGUUUAAAUUUGAUCGGAGCAUCACGACUUAUCCUUUAUGAUAUUGAUUGGAACCCAGCAAAUGACAUGCAAGCGAUGGCUCGAAUCUGGCGAGAAGGACAGAAAAGGACGGUACAAAUUUACAGAUUGCUCACGACUGGAACAAUUGAAGAAAAAAUUUUCCAGCGACAAAUUCUUAAGCAAGGAUUGAGUGGUGCUAUCGUUGAUGCUCGAGACUCUACGCAAGGCCAUUUCACCAGAGAAGAACUCAAGGACCUGUUUACUCUGAGGGAAGACACUGAUUGCGACACUCAUGAUCUAAUCAAUUGCCAGUGCACUCAGAAAGGAGUCAGCCCAAUUCCUCCUGAAUUAGACGACUAUGACUUUGAUUUAGACGAUGAUCGCGACUGUCAGCUUGGCACUCCUUGCAACAAAAAGAAAGAAUCACACAAAACCGUCGAUCAGCUCAUGGAUUGGCAGCAUUUCGGACAACCCUUCAGUAGUGGGAUUUUUGAGGACGUUUGUCUAGAAUCGGCGCUGGAAAAUGUCACCUUCGUUCUACGUUGUGUUUCCGGCACCACCAACAAUUAACACAUUUUUUACGUAAUUAAUAUGUUUAAACGUUCAUUUAAUAUAGAAUUUUGUUUCUUUUUUGAGUUGCAAUACAUAAUUGCUAUGCUUCCAA